ACGUGCGAACUGUUGUUGCUGCUGGUGCGCUCGGUGCAAUGAAACCCAGAUGAUAAUCCAGAGGUUAUUGGUCUGUGAUUCUGUUCCUGCCGGUGUUUCAAAACAUUUAAUCUUAGUGGACUGAAUGUUUACGCUUUUUUCGGAACAUCGUAUCAAAUCUCCUUCAUCAAAACUUUAAACAGGGUACGUAGGAUGGCAGCCUGUGUGGAAAUAAUAGAUGACAUAGAAGACCUUAUCCAGUCACAGGACAUCACACCGAAGGAGAGAUAUGCCAAUAAAUCGAAUGUAACUGUCCGGGCUAAACGUGUUAAGAAAGCCAUCGAAGCGAAGGCAAAUAAUGUAUCAGUACCAGAAAAAAAUGUGUUGGAAAGCGUUAUUCCAGGAACUCAAACGAUUUAUCUAAAAACAUGGGGAUGUGCGCACAAUAACUCCGACAGCGAAUACAUGGCUGGCCAGCUGGCUUCAUAUGGAUACAAUAUUACUUCCGAUAAAUCGGAUGCAGCUUUAUGGUUGCUCAAUAGUUGCACGGUGAAGAACCCAUCUGAGGACACCUUCCGCAAUGAAAUUCAAGCGGCCAAUAAAAUGGGCAAACACGUCGUUUUGGCUGGAUGUGUUCCUCAGGCUGCACCAAAGUCAGAAUACAUGCAAGGUUUGAGCAUUGUCGGCGUUCAUCAGAUCGAUCGUGUGACAGAGGUUGUAGAGGAAACCCUUAAGGGUCAUUCUGUGCGAUUGCUGCAGGCUAAAAAACUCAAUGGCAAAAGAGUUGCUGGUCCGCAGUUGGCUUUGCCGAAGAUCAGAAAAAAUCCACUGAUAGAGAUAAUUCCAAUCAAUUCCGGUUGUUUGAAUGCUUGUACCUACUGCAAAACAAAAUUCGCUAGAGCUGACCUGGUCAGUUAUCCGGUUGAGGAGAUCCUGGAAAGAGCUUCUAACGUAUUCACCGAAGGGGUUUGUGAAAUUUGGUUAACUUCAGAAGACACUGGAACCUAUGGCCGGGACAUUGGUACAUCGCUGCCGGAAUUACUUUGGAAGCUAGUUGCAGUGAUUCCUGACGGCAGUAUGCUACGUUUGGGUAUGACGAAUCCUCCAUACAUACUUGAACAUUUGGAAGAAAUGGCCAAAAUAUUAGCACAUCCAAAAGUUUACAGCUUUCUUCAUGUUCCUGUUCAAAGCGGUUCGGAUUCUGUGCUGGCUGAAAUGAAACGUGAAUAUUGUAGGUCCGAUUUUGAAAAAAUCGUCGACUAUUUAAAGGAAAAUGUGCCAGGUAUAACUAUUGCUACCGAUAUAAUCUGUGGAUUCCCAACCGAAACGGAAGAGGACUUCGAACAUACUAUGACACUGUGUGGGAAGUACAAAUUUCCUAGUUUAUUCAUCAAUCAAUUCUACCCAAGACCGGGAACGCCUGCAGCGAAUAUGCAACGAAUACCUGCAGAUUUGGUGAAAGGUCGCACCAAGCGUUUGACAGACCUUUUCUACAGUUACGAGCCGUACGUAGGGAAAUACGCAGUGGGUGUUCACCAAAAAGUGCUCAUCACCGAAAUAUCUCACGACAAGAAGCAUUACGUUGGACAUAACAAGUGCUAUGAGCAAGUUCUCUUACCCAUGGAUAAAAAUUUGCUGGGAAAGCUUGUGGAGGUUGAAAUAGUUAACAUAACCAAAUUCAGCAUGAUCGCAAAGGUCAUUCAGGAGGAGAAGGAUUGGGUUAGUUGUACAACCUUUGCGAACAAUAAGCAAACACUAAAAGUGGAUGGAAGCUGUAUCAAGAUCGUUUCAAAGGAUGAACAAGCACACUCAUUGAAUUUCUAUAUUCUUUGUGCAAUCGUGUCUUGUGGUAUUGCUUUGAUUUGUCGUUAUUUUAUGUUUUCGAUGUAAUCAAUAUACAGUUGAUUUAAUAAAUAUCAACAAAAC